AUGCAUCAGAUUUACAGCUGCAGUGAUGAAAAUAUAGAAGUUUUCACCACCGUGAUUCCUUCCAAGGUGUCCAGUCCAGCCAGAAGAAGAGUCAAGAGUUCUCAACAUCUCUUAACCAAGAAUGUGGUGAUCGAGUCCGACCUCUACGCGUCCCGGCCCCUGGAGCUGCUGCAGCACCGCAGCGACCACCGCGACGGCGAGGCCCGCAGGUCGAGCUGCUUCCAGAACGCACGGCCGCAGGGCGCCCACCCCGCCAAGACCCCCGCCAGGCCUGUGGGGAUUUCUGAACCCAAAUCAGCAAAUCUGUGUGGGAAUCGAGCAUACAGCAAAACUUUGAUGCCUCCGGUGGCCCGGAUCUCGGUGAAAGCUCCCGCCGUCCUGGAGGCAGCAGCUCUGGGCUCAGAGAACGGAGCUGUUCUGACCAGAGGAUCCAGGCACCUCAAGAAGAUGACUGAAGAGUAUCCUACCCUCCCUCAGGGAGCAGAAGCCUCCCUACCGCUGACAGGAAGUGCUUCCUGCGGCGUCCCCAGCAUCCUCCGGAAAAUGUGGACCAGGCACAAGAAGAAGUCUGAAUACGUGGGAGCUACCAACAGCGCCUUUGAGGCUGACUAA